AUUCAUUUUUUUUUUUCUUCUUUUAACGAAAUGCUUAGAUCCUUUCAACAACUCCGUCAAUCAUUAAUAACAUGCCCUAAAAGUGUAUAUCUUAAAAGAUAUCAACCCCUUCCUAGAAUAUUACCGGCAUAUCAUUAUGACAAAUUAUAUAAACCCCAUACUACAGCCAUCUGUCAAAGAUUUUCCUUUCAUACAAUUCAGCCUCAAUUUAAAGAACAACCACCAUCUCCAGAGGAUGAAAAUGUAUAUAAACGUCAAAUGCUAAUUGGAUUUACUUGUACAGUUUGUCAUGAACGUUCUCAUCAUACCAUGUCAAAACACGCAUAUACUAAAGGUGUUGUACUAAUUCAAUGCCCUGGUUGUAAGAACCGACACCUGAUUGCAGAUAAUCUUGGAUGGUUUAAGGACAAUAAAACAACAGUAGAAGAUUUAGUAAAGGAAAAGGGAGAAGCCAUUCGCAAAGUAAUUGUAGAUGAACAGGGAAUUGAGCGUUUAGGUGAUUUAAUGGAAUGGUUACCCGAGAUUACUGAAGAAGAAAAAAUGAAAAAGGAGCAAGCUAAACUAUUAAAGACAGAAACACAUAAUAAUAAAGGAGAAUAGAAUGGUUUACAUGUAUUAUUAUAUUCUUAUCAUUUCAUGAAAAUCAGAGUUUAGAGUAGAGUAGAGUAGAUAGCCUUAAAGGACAAAAAAAAAAAAAAAA